AUGGCAACUGAGGCACCUGAGCUCUCAGCCGUUGAGGGACCAGAGGGGGCCCCCCAAGGCACUUCCCCAUAUGCUCAACAGUUGGAACGACAAGGCAGCGCGCUGCGCUCAAGCAUCGCCAAAUACGGCUCAAAUAGUUACUAUUAUGCUCAUGCACCGCUUCCGGCGGCCAGCGAGGAGGCUAAGAAAAUUGAGGGCCCCGGUAUCGUUACGGGUGGCCCUCCGGCUCUCCUGGCCAGGGGGCCCUCAGAGCCCACGAGGCCCAUCAGCUCGAAGGAUGCGGCGGAAGAAGCCAUUGGCGGGCGUCGAGUGCCUGCGGCUACCUCUCUUAGACGCUACUCUUGGGCAGACAGCAAGAGAACUGUCAAGGUGUAUCUCAGCCUACAGAACAUACGUCCAGGCGAGGAGGCGGACGGGCCUUUCACCGCGGAAAAGGUCGCCGUGCAAUUUGCCUCUGACCGAGUGGCUCUCGCAAUCGAACGCCCAUCUGGUUUGUACUUGUUAACGAUUCAACGGACUUACGGGGGCAUCAUUCCCUCCGAGUCUGCUGUCUCCAUCUCGGAGGCCAAAAUCACUUUGACCCUUAGAAAAGAGGAAGAAGGUUUGACUUGGUUUAAUCUAAGCAAGGAUUAA